CUCCCUUCCUCAGUUGAACCCUUUUUUUCUUCGAGGAAAGAAAAGGAGAAAAAUAACUUCAAAACAGCUGUAGAUGAGUUGAACCUUCGGACCCAGACACAGACGGAUAAAGUCUCCCCCACCCACAGUCCUGAUUUCGGCCUCCAUCGGCCACACCACACUCAUUUCUCGCUUUCUUCUGCCUUUCCUCACUUGCGGUCAUCUAAGCAGAACCUUCAGCCCUCACGAGUACCGAAGCCUGUGAUGCACUUCGCACUUCCAGCGAGGAACCAUCGUUCCUCCCCCUUUCCCGCGAGCAGUGUCCCACGAGCAUACUUUUGUCGAAAGAGACCACUGUAUGCGGUGGUAUCCCUUGCGAUACUACUGUUGAUCGCGUUCGCCCGGAAUUCAGGGGAUGGGAGACCAGCGGGCGCACCCAACACGGUGAUGAUUCUAUUAACCGACAAAAUCGGGUACUCGGAAAGUUACGUCGACAAGAUAAUAAAGAACAGAGGGGAGUACGCUGAAGCGCACGGCUACGGACUCUUCAUCAGGGACGUUGCGGACUACCCCAUCGGCGAGGUACCAAACGGCUGGGCGCGCAUCCCCGCCAUCAGACAUGCCAUGAAGGAAUACAAAUACUCCACCUACUUCUGGGUGCUCGAUCAAGACGCCGUAAUCAUGAACCCCUCGCUCUCGCUAGAGGAGCACAUAUUGUCUCCCGAGAGACUAGAUAGCAUCAUGCGCAGGGGUGUACCCGUUGUCCCGCCGAGUAGCAUUAUCGAGACGUACAAGCACGUCCCCCCGGAGAGGGUGCAGCUCAUCAUCACACAGGAUGAUGAGGGAUUGCAGCCCGGGAGCAUGAUUCUUAAGGCGGGGUCGUGGGCUAAUUACCUUCUUGACGCUUGGUUCGAUCCGAUUUUCAGAUAUUAUGGGUUUCAGAAGGCGGAACAACACGCUCUUGAGCACAUUGUUCAAUGGCACCCUACAGUCCUGACCAAGAUGGCCAUGAUCCCGCAGAAGAUAAUGAACUCUUACCCCAAUGUACCAGGCCUCGGUGGAACCUACGAGGAUGGAGACUUCCUCGUCCAUCUCAAGGGUUGUGCUGAGGGAAAAGGCCGGAGUUGCGAGAAAGAGUUCCAAAAGUACUUGAAGAAGCGGACUCUGUUGAAGUAAAUCUAACGAUGGUUUACUCGCCUAAUACUCCUUUAUCUCUCGUAUAGAAUUUUAUCACAUUUUCAUGUCCCUUUCCUCUGGUUUGCUAUAUUGCCUUAGCUCCCCCCCUUUCUAUCCGGGUUUACCCCAGGUGUUUCUCGUUCCUCGCCUGUUUGCUUGCUUGCUCGUUUGUUUGUCAGUCUGUUUGUUGUUGGGGGAGGGCAGGGGUGGUUAGAGCGAUGAAUGGAUGAAUACCGAUGAAUGUGGGAGCCAACUUAUCGGAAUCUACAUCUGGUUUUUAUUUUUUUAUCUUUUAUUUUUUACACGUACAAUAUGUGAUAGUGCUCAAGUUUGAGAAUCCGUGUACGAGUUGUCUCAUGUAGCUCCUUUUAGCUAUGAUAAUAUUAUUAUCAUAAUAUUAUUAUGAUACUAUAUUAUCAGCCCUGAACCCCA